UCCGAGUCGGCCAAAAGCCGGGCAGAAGAGAGCGCCAAGGACUGGCAGUUCCGGAACGGGCAAUCCCAGCCGAGGGGACCAGCGGCAGAGCACGGGUCCGAGCCGGGGACGGUGGCGUCGAUGGGUCAUGCUCCGGCACUCCCCCUCGCUGUGGGAGCUGGUGGAGGAGCACGUUCCGCUCCGGGAGCGACCCGAAGUGAAGAGGAUUCUGGGGGAGGCGGCGGUGGACCUGAGCCUGGAGCUGCGGGCGGAGCCCCCACCAUUCCGGUCACUCCCCUCCCCAGUCGCAAGGUAUCCCAGCUCUCCUUGCAGGUGGCGAUGUUACGGGCACUGCUCCAAGAGGCUCGAUCCUCUCAAGCCCCCAGCUCCCGCCCCAUCUCUGACCCCUCUUCUCUUCUGGCACCACCGCCUCUCCUAAAGGACCUCUUGCGCCAGGAGCUCCGGCAGUUGCUCCAGGGUCUCCGCCACAAAGCCAUCUGUGAGGGCAGGUGGGAGCUUCAGGCCUGGGCCCUUUCCCUAGAUACCAGGGACCAGGCCCAAGCUUGGGUCCAGUAUAGCCCCAGGGUCCUGCACUUUGCCUUGGAGGAGCCCAGGUGUGAUUUGCCAGAACAGGAGAUAUUCCAGAUGAGAGGUGGUGGGCCCAGCAGCGGUCACAGAGAUCUCAGCAUCAUCAAGGACCAACUGAACGUGUCCAACAUUGACCAGGUGGCCAGACACCUGAGGGGCCUUCUGGAGGAGGAGUGUCACACCUUGGAGAGGGAGAUCCUCAUCCUGCAGCGCUGCCUGGAAGAGGAGUAUAUGAGGCCUUGCCACCCCUCUGAGGCAGCCCUGGAGCCCACCCUGGCAGAGCUAAAGGAACAGAAGAAGGCCAUGGAGCAGGAGCUGCAGGCAUCUGUGGGGCCUUCUUGUGUCUCUCCCAACCACAGCGGCCCUUGGGGUCCUCCACACAGGGCCUCAGACCCCCGCGUCCCCUCUGCGGGGUUGCACCUCUCCAGUGCUGCCUGCCUGCACCUCCUCUGGAGCCCUACCUUCGACCUCGAGGCCAGUCAGCUACCCACCGCUGGGGAUGGCAGCUUCAGUGCAGCCCCAGGGAAGGGCCAGCUUCCACACCCAUGUCCAGUGCAGCACCCCAAGCCCCAGCCUGAAGGGCUGGUCACCGAGUAGGCUCUGGCUUCUGCCACAGCGCACCUGUCUGCCGCUGCCGCCUCAGCUGCUUUGGCCUAGCCAGCUUCAGAUCUGGUCUUGGCGAGCUCUCGCCAGGACCCCAAGGCUGUUGGUCUGUCUGGCCCUUGCCCCACCCCCUUGCCAGAUCCCUGGUGUCUGGAGCUGAGUGGCCGGGCAUCGGUCCCAAUCAUCAAAGCCUUUGGCCUUUCUCCUCCCAGGCCUCCACAAAGGCCUGGCAGACAGAGGUCUCAUUCCAGCCUGACUCUUGUCCCCUGGGGGACCCAGACAAAGCACAGCAGCCGCUCAGAGACAGGAAUAGAAAUUUCAUUAAAAUCUAUGGACUUUAAAA